AAAUACAAGAUGGCAGCGCCCGCAAGAAGGUCACGCUGCCGUUGUUAGUGCUGCGAUUGGCUAUAAAUUUGCCAUUUUUCGUUACGCUUUAUCGAGCGAUUGUUGUAAUUUAGCAGUCCUCCGGAACAUGAAAUGCACAGCUCGUUUACCCAAGGAUCUGGCAUAGCUAGGACGAGAACCAAAGCAUCAUGGACAAACUCGAAGCUUCGCUCAAAACUUCUCCGACGAAGCAGCGAAGUCCUCUGCUCGGCAAGAUCGCCCUGGCAGCUUCGGGAAUCGGAGCCUUCGGCAUCAUCGCAGUCACCCUACCGUUCCUGUCACCGGCGUUUCGACGGAUCUGCCUGCCGUACGUACCGGCGACGGACGCGCAACACCGUAACGUGAUGUCCGCUCUUGGGAAACGAACGAAGCGUUCCGGACUAGUCGACCUCGGCAGCGGGGACGGUAGAAUUGUCUUCGAGGCUGCCAAACUCGGGUUUGUGCCCGCGGUGGGGGUCGAACUGAACCCUUGGCUGGUCGCUUAUUCGAAGAUCCGAGCGCUCGCCACCAAGUCGCCGAAAACUUCCUUUCUGCGGAUGGACUUGUGGAAAUUCGAGUUGUCCGGUUUCGACAACGUGGUUGUCUUCGGAGUCCAGGAGAUGAUGCCUGCUCUCGAGCAGAAGUUGGCGGACGAACUCAGUUCUGACGCUUGGGUGAUCGCUUGCAGAUUUCCCUUGCCGUCGUUGAAGCCAGAUUUCACUCAAGGGACUGGCAUUGACACCGUUUGGGUUUACCGUAUGUCGACCAGGGUAAAAUGAACCUACGAUAACGACACCGCACCAUACUCGCGAUUCGGCUUCGCGGCAUUUUAGUUUCAUAAACUUACCAUUCAUGGCCUAUAACUGAAGAUGCUCCUAUGCAAAAGGCAAGUUCGUCUGCUUCAAAGUUUUGCAGGGGUUGAGGUGACUUUGGGACGCCGAGCUCCAAUUAAAGGAUAGUGGGUAGACCUCAAAGCAAGCUGCGUUGUCAGAGCUCGGCGUUGUAACGUCACCACAACCCCUGCAAAGGAAGCAGACGAGCUUGCGCUCCGGUCUCAACAUCCAAGUGCAGUACAGUAACAGGGCACAACUUCGUUGACCAGGCUCAAUAGAAUUUUUUUUUUUGUCCAAUUUUAAAAAGAUGAGCAUGCUAGAACACCUUACAGCUUGGGUCUCCUAGUGAUAAGCAAAUACAGUGGUUCGCAAAGUACAAAAAAAUGUUGGAUUAGACAAGCGAAGAAGUAUAGACCGCCUCCAUUGAUUUGUUUGCUUGUUUCUUUUUAUUUUAAGAACGGAACUAUGAGCAAUAUAAAUAUUACGUUUUAAAAUCUGCACCGCCACAAUCAUUUACAUCUUGUCCUUUUCUGUAAACAAAAAUAGAUGCCAGAGUAGUGCCUCCUAGGGGGAAAAAAAAUCCAAGAACGGUUGAUGUCCAGCAACAAAUUUCUUUUUUUUUUUUUCUUCAACAAGACAGUCUUCAUAAGGAAGGGGAGGGGGCUUUCGAUCUAUCAAACAAUUCGUGGUUUUACCUAAAGUGUAGCCAUAGAUUACAACUGCCUGAAAUCGAAACAGAAAGGGGGGAGGGCAGGCAUUUGCCAACUUAAACUUCCAGUGCCAAUUCUUAUAUACCAUAUUUUGGUGCCCACCCAGACAAAAUGCCACACCAUGCGAGUAGUGCUGGGACAAAGCUAACCAUUCCCGUCAUUGAUCCGGAACAAAUGAACACAAACCAAGGUUUAGAUAUUAACACGCAGCCUGAACACAAAACUGAUGCAUUCAAACUUUUUAAGGCUAUACACGUCAGCUCACUCAUUUUAAAUUUAAAGGCCUAUCCAUAGUAAUGAAAACAGUAGUAAACUUAGCUUUUUGCAUCUAAAAA